UCCUCCUUUGUCUCGUCUGUCCAGCUACAGCUAGGUGCGUUGUGAACACCGAACAAGCCCCAAAUCUGGGGGCGGUGCUUGUCAAAAAAAAAAAAAAGAGUUUGGUGGCGGUGAUCUGCGGGGCAGGCAAGCAGCGCAGCCGAGAGAAGUGAGAAGCUCAGAAGCAGGAGGCGGCGGCGGCCGACAGCAGCCCGCAGCAAGGAGAUAUCCGGGCAUCGGACCUGGUCGCGGCGGAGCGGGCAUACGGCGGCGCGGCUGCAAGUUGUUUGCUGGGAGGUUUCACAUGACAUGAUCAUUAUUUGGCUUAAGUUGUUCUUGAAUGACGCAUUUCAUGGAUUUACGGGCUUUCAUCUUGCGUGCACGUGUCUUAAAGCUUUAUAGUCAGGCAUUGCGAAUUAUUCGUCGAGCCCCUGAACAUGCCCAAGAUGAGUUGAGGCAGACCACAAGGGCCGAGUUUGAAAAAUAUCGCCACUGUGAUGAUACUCAAAAGAUUAGGUUUUUGAUUAGUGAAGGGAAGCAGAGACUAAAAGGUCUUGGUGAACUGCUUGACAUGACAGGGCACAGCUAAUCUGGGUUGCAUCCUGGGCCUUGCUACUUAUUCAGAUCAUUCCAAAAUUCAUGCAGUCUAAAUUGUUUGAACUGAUCACUUUAAUAAGGAACAGCACUGUAUGUGAUGAUUUUUGGGCAAUUUUCUGUAACAAAAUUGUUAGGGGAUGCAGAACAUAGUUGUAUUGAGUGGAUAGUUAAUUGAUGAUUCACACUUCUUCACAAAUCUUUGUAGUCUUCUGUUGUGUGAGUGUUUCCAUACUGAGAAAUACUGCGAUCGCUUUACUUUCAAAACAUGCUCAUCAAAGUCCCAGAAACA